AUGACUUUCCUCUCAACAACUCCUUAUGUUAUCCUUCCAUCAUUCAACCAAGAAACGAACUAUGAAGACGAGGACAACAAUGUUCAUCAAAACAUUCUCAUUCUCUUCGAUAACAAAUACUACAAAUGGAAUACUAUCUUCAACUCUUAUGGAGGUGCUUGGUGUGUAGGCUCUUCAAACAAUUUCUUGAUAUUUCUUGACAACAAAGGUUGUCCUUUUCUUCUAAAUCCAUCUUGUAAUACUUUUAUUCAUGUUCCACCUUUUACCACCUCGUUCAUUCAACACACAAAUGUUCCCAGUUAUUCCUAUUAUGUUCAAUCCCUUCGUAAGACUUUUGUAUCCCAAGCGAUAUUGAUGUCUUCUCCAUCUGCUUCACAAUACACCCUUGCCAUUAUGUAUGAUUACCCGUGUAGGAUUGCUUUUUGCAAUAACCAUAAUGCUUCGUGGGUUAAACUCUAUGAUGCGAAACGAUUGUAUUCUGAUAUUGUGUUUGAUAAAAAUAUUCUUUAUGCUUUGGAUGAAGACGGAUCUAUUGAAGGAUGGGAUUUUCUUCAUCAGAAGAUUCCAAGAAAGAUUUUGGAAGUUAAUUAUCCAACUAUGAUUUUAGAUAAUGAAAAAGAGGUGAAAUUUCCAAUAGAUAAGUUUUCAACUAAAUUUUAUUUGGUGAUAUCCAAAAGAGAUUUCUUGUUGAUAGAAAGGUUCAUUGGUAAUUUCGUGCAUGCUAAUGGUGAAGUAGUUUAUGAAGGAGGCAAUCGAUUGGAUCAGGUUGAAAUUUGUUCUUAUAGAACAAAGCAUUUUAAUAUGUACAAACUUGACUUGGUGAAGAGAAAGUGGGAAAAGAUAAAAUCUUUGGAUGGUCAAGUUGUGUUUGUAGGUGCCAAUGAGUCAAAGUUAAUGGAUGCCUCUAAAUGUGGUAACAAAGAAAGUUUAAUUUAUUUUAGCGAUGAUAGAUGGGAAGAGAUGAAUUUAGACUAUUCAUAUGGUGGACAUGAUUGGGGUGUUUUCAAUCUACAAGAUUCAAGUGUCAAGUUCUUCGCUCCUUAUGCAAAUAAGAUGGAUCCACCACCUAUUUGGAUGGUUCCAUAUUCAAAUUAA